AUGGACGCGUUUACUUCAUUCUCCAUUUCCCAAUCUUGUUCAACAAUGGACGCGUUCCUUUGCAGUAUUGGAACCAAGAUUUGGUUGUUACCUACACCUCCUUUUGAAGCGCGGAAGAGGGUGUAUUUGUUGAUGGCUUCAGCUUUCUUUCAAGGUGCCUCUAUUGGACCCUUGAUUGAUUUGGCUAUUGUCAUUGAUGCUAGCCUUAUUGUUACUGCAUUUGUGGCAACCUUCUUGGCUUUUGCAUGUUUCUCAGCAGCAGCUUUGGUUGCAAGGCGUAGGGAGUAUCUCUACCUUGGUGGCUUGCUUUCUUCUGGGCUGUCUAUUCUAAUGUGGUUGCAUUUUGCUUCCUCUGUCUUUGGGGGUUCUACUACUCUCUUUCAGUUUGAGUUGUAUUUUGGACUUCUGGUGUUUGUGGGCUACAUUGUAGUAGACACCCAAGAAAUAAUUGAAAGAGCUCACUUGGGUGAUCUGGAUUAUGUGAAACAUGCUUUGACCUUUUUCACUGGUUUGGCUGCAAUCUUUGUGCGGAUUCUUGUUAUAUUGUUGAAGAAUUCAUCCGACAAAAAUGAGAGGAAUGAAAGGAAGAAGAAGAGGAGAGACUGA